AUGUUGAACAAGACGGUCCUCGCCUCCUCUUUGCUCUUUGCCCUUCUCUUCAAUGUUGCUACCGCCUUCAAGUGCGUUGAUGACAAGCAAUGCAAUACUUGGUGCGUAAACUAUGAUGAUGCUCUCGCUGGUUACUGUCGUAAGGGUGGAGGAUGCAUUUGCGUUUUGAACGAAGAGUGCAAGCUUGACGUACGCGGCCGGAGCAGCAACAGGAAUGGUGGUGCUGGUGUUGGAAGACUUUUGAAUGGCGAGGAGGAACGACUUGCUCAUGUUGCUGAUAACGACGACCAGAAUGCGUAUUAUACGACCGAUGAUGGAUCCUGGAUAUCGAUUCGACGUUGA